GAAAACCAGAGUAUAUAAAGUGGAAGGGUUCCUCUUUAGCUGAUCCCGCACCUCUUCCAGCGACAAAAUGAAGCUGAUUGCUCUGAGUGUUGCACUCCUGGGCGUUCUCCUAGCCCCCACCUUAGCCGAUAAUAAUAUCAGCGAAAAGAACCAGGGAAAUGUGGGGGGCCAUUCCCAUCAGUCUGUGAGCAUUGACAACCAAAAGCAGGUGGUCAACGUAGACAACAACAAUGGCUGGCACUCCUGGAACAACAUCUGGGAUUACGGCACUGGCUACAUGGCAACCCGGAUCCUCUCCAAGAAAUCUUGCAUUCUUACCAAAAUGAAUCGAAAUGUCAUGCCAGAUGUGACCACUCUUCCAGAAGCCAUCAAGGAAAAACAGAAGGAUCGUACCAAAGGGCCGGCACCCAAGAACCUCACUUACAUGGUUACUCCCAAGAAGAUCACUAACCUGGCCCCAUAUGGGAAGAACAUUGAAGCCCUGUGCAGAGGGAUCCCUACCUAUGCUGCUUAUGAAUUCGCAGGAGAAAAUUCAGGAGCCUGCUUCAAAGCCAAUAUCCUCUGGAUCUUGCACAUCAGCCUUUGUGGGGGAGAAAGGAUGUCUUAAUAAACCUCCAACUUUUCCCCACCGCAGUGUUUGUCCAUUGAUGAAAGAAACAGCUUCUCACCCUGGGUUUUCUUCAUUUCCUUUUCAUCUUACGCUUGGAGCAUGAGGGGGAAAAACUACUGCAUUUGGAGUGAUUGCCAAUUAAA